AUGGUUGUGUUUGACGGCCACGAGUACCUCAGCGAAGAGGAGAAGCGCCUCAAGGAAGAUCGCGAGCGCAUCAAGUACUGGAAGAAGUGGGGUCCUUACGUCUCGGAGAGGCAAUGGGCAACUGUGAGGGAGGACUAUAGUCCCGAUGGUGAUGCCUGGAGUCACUUCCCGCACGACCAUGCGCGAUCUCGGACAUACCGCUGGGGUGAAGAUGGCAUUGCCGGAGUUUGUGAUACACACGGCUUCCAGAAUAUCGCUUUUGCUUUCUGGAACGAGAAAGAUCCUUUCCUCAAGGAACGCCUCUUUGGUCUGUCCAACCCUCAGGGAAACCAUGGCGAGAGUAUCAAGGAAGCUCACUUUCACCUCGACAACACCCCUCUGCAGACUCACUCCUACAUGAAAUACCUCUACAAGUACCCACAGGCCGAAUUCCCGUAUAAAGAUCUCCGCGAGACCAACGCAAAACGAACGAAGCAGGACAAGGAAUACCAGAUCAUUGACACGGGGGUCUUUGACCAAGACCGGUACUGGGAUAUCUUCAUCGAGACUGCCAAGGAGGACGAUGACCCGGACGAGCUUCUCUUCCGUGUCACUGCCUGGAACCGUGGCCCUGACCCUGCUCCCCUGCACAUCGUGCCUCACAUGUGGUUCCGGAAUACUUGGGCCUGGGGUCGCGAGGCAGCUGACAUGAAGCCCUCUGCAAAGAUGUACGCCGAUAAUGUGGUCAAAUCGAAGCAUCACUCCCUUGGUGAGCGGUACAUGCUGCUUUCGCCCUCCCCGGGUAUUGGCCCGAGCGGUGACGAUGUUCUCCCCGAGGUCAUGUUCACCGAGAACGACACCAACUUCGAGCUUCUCUAUGAGGGCAAGAACGAGCAAGAGCACGUCAAGGAUGCGUUUCAUCGCUACAUCGUCGACGGCGAGAAAGAGGCUAUCAAUCCUGGUAAGACCGGGACAAAGUCUGCUGCUUGGUACGCCUUCAACGAAGCUGGCGGUGUCGGACCCGGAGAGUGUGCCGUCGUGCGAUUCCGGUUCUCGAAGAAGAACGAGACCUACCUGGACGAGGAGGAGUUCGACUACCUCAUUGACAAAAAGAGGGACGAGGCGGAUGACUUCUACUACCGAAUUAGCCCCCUGCCCAUGACCGAUGACCUGCGGAACAUCCAGAGACAAGCCUUCUCGGGCAUGAUGUGGUGCAAGCAGCACUACUACUUUAUCUGGGACGAGUGGGCGAACGGUGACCCAACUCAACCGCCGCCCCCUGCCAGCCGAAAAGCUGUUCGCAACUCGCAAUGGAAACACCUCCACUGUGACGACAUAUUGUCCAUGCCGGACUCAUGGGAGUAUCCGUUCUUUGCCGCUUGGGACUCGGCUUUCCACUGUAUUCCUCUGGCUAUGAUCGAUCCGGAUUUCGCCAAGAAACAGCUUGAUCUAUUCACCAGGGAGUGGUACUGCCAUCCAAACGGACAGCUGCCUGCCUACGAGUGGAACUUUGGUGACGUGAACCCACCCGUUCACGCCUGGGCAACAUUUCGUGUCUUCAAAAUCGAGCGCAAAAUGUACGGGCGUCAAGAUUUAGACUUCCUGGAGAGAGUCUUCCAGAAGCUGCUAAUGAACUUCACCUGGUGGGUGAACCGUAAGGACCUGGAUGGGAAGAACGUCUUCGAGGGCGGCUUCCUUGGCCUUGACAACAUCGGUCUCUUCAACCGUUCUGAGCCUCUGCCCACGGGCGGUGUGCUUGAGCAGGCUGACAGCACGGGUUGGAUGGCCUUCUACUGUCUGAACAUGCUCAACAUGUGUCUGGAGCUGGCAAAAUAUCGUCGUACCUACGAAGACAUGGCCACCAAGUUCUUUGAGCAUUUCAUCCUAAUCAGCGAUGCUAUGACUUUCAGGAUGGGUCAGAAAGACGAGGCAUCUCUCUGGAACGACGAAGAUGGCUUCUAUUACGAUGCCAUCUCUUGGGGCGGCCCCUGGAUUCAACAAAUGCCCGUACGGUCGCUUGUUGGACUGAUUCCGUUGUACGCGACCAUGACGCUCGAGCCUGAGCUGGUCAACAGGCUUCCUGCUUUCAAGAGGAGGCUGGACUGGUUCAUGCAGAACCGGUGUGACAUUGCCGAGCGCAACAUGGCUUCCAUCCGGAAGCGUGGAAAAGGUGAUCGUAUCCUUCUGUCAAUCGUCAGCAAGGAUCGUCUUGUCAAGAUUCUGAAGCGUAUGUUGGACGAGGACGAGUUCCUCAGUCCUCAUGGUAUCCGCUCUCUCUCGAAGUACCACAAAGAACAUCCGUACUCUAUGGACGUCAACGGACAAAAGUUCUGUGUCGGGUACGUUCCAGGAGAUUCGGACAGCGGGCUUUUCGGAGGCAACAGCAACUGGCGAGGCCCCGUGUGGAUGUGUGUGAACUUCCUGCUUGUGGAAUCACUUCAGCGGUUCUUCCUGUUCUUCGGACCAGACCUGCAGGUGGAGUGUCCUGUGGGCUCAGGUGACUAUAUGCACCUGGGCCAUGUCUCGGAAGAGAUCCAGCACAGACUGCAGCACCUCUUCGCUCGUGGCGAUGAUGGGCGACGAAGCAUCAAUGCCGGCGAUGACCGUCUUGAUUUCGACCCCUACUGGAAAGACAACUUGUGGUUCUACGAGUUCUUCGAUGGAGAUAAUGGACGUGGUCUGGGAGCCACCCACCAGUGCGGAUGGACUGGCCUGAUUGCCCGCAUGAUCCAUGAUACUGGUAUCUCCUGCCGCCUCCCACAGACCCCACGCACGCCGUCUGUCGGCAUGGCUCACUACUUUGACGACAUCUUCCACCGCAACAUCAAGGACAAGGACGGUAUGGCCACGCCCCGCUCCCCGACGAUGCCGCGGAUCCGCCGCUCCUCGACGACGCGGUCCAUCGGCGCCCGCAGCGACUUCCCGGACGGGGAGUCCGAGGCCGACGGCGACGAGAGCGCCGUCUCGACGCGCCGGCCGUCGCGGACGAGCUCGAUCUUCUUCACGGACGACCCGGACCGCCUGCGCCAGCGGGCCGAGGCGGACGAGCACAUGCACCACUACAUCACGGAGCAGCUGGAGCGCGUGCGGUCCGAGAGGAGCGCCGCUGGGUCUGAGACCGGUGACGAGUUUGAGGCGCAUGCUGCUGAGUGA